UGACUGCGAGUAAUUCUAGAAACCCUAAUACACGCAGCCCCGUGGCUUAUAUAAAGCACGAGCUAGACCUCAAAUUCGAAGCCUCGGCGGCGUACCAGACCUCUUGGCUUUUUGAGGUAAGUAAAAAUGGCGGUGCCGUUGCUGUCGAAGAAGAUCGUGAAGAAGAGGGUCAAGAAGUUCAAGAGGCCACAGAGUGACCGCAAGAUCUCUGUUAAGACAAACUGGCGUAGACCAAAAGGCAUAGAUUCUAGAGUCCGAAGGAAGUUCAAGGGAUGUACUUUGAUGCCAAACAUCGGCUAUGGUUCAGACAAGAAAACUCGUCAUUAUCUUCCAAAUGGCUUCAAGAAAUUUGUGGUUCACAAUGUCCAAGAACUUGAACUGUUGAUGAUGCAUAACAGGAUCUAUUGUGCUGAAAUUGCACAUGAUGUCUCAACAAGAAAGAGGAAAGAGAUUGUGGAGCGAGCUGCCCAGUUAGAUGUUGUUGUCACGAACAAGCUAGCUAGGUUGCGAAGCCAGGAGGAUGAAUGAACUGAACCCAGAAAUUUUUGGUGUCUGUUAGGAGUGAGAAUAUCUAGUUUGCUUACUAGUGUUUGAUAUUUUACCUUGUAUGGAAUCGAUUCAAUUUGGGUAAAUUAACAUCUUACGAUGAAACCUUGUUAUUCAUUAGGUGUUGUAGAAUCUCUUGCUUCUUUUGGUUU